CGGCGGCGGGCGUGGCCGGAGCCCGGGCGGCAGCUAGAGAGCCCCUGAGCAGCGGCGAGAGAGGAGCGCGCGGCCUCGGGGAGCCCAGCCAUGGCGGUGGACGGAGGAAUGAAAUGUGUCAAGUUCUUGCUCUACGUUCUUCUGGUGGCCUUUUGCGCCUGUGCAGUGGGACUGAUCGCUGUGGGUGUGGGGGCCCAGAUCGUCCUGAGGCAGAUCAUGACUCAGGAGAACUCCACUGGCCCCCUGCUGUCCAUAGUCAUCAUUGCCCUAGGAGUCUUCCUCUUCCUGGUGGCCUUCGUGGGCUGCUGUGGGGUCUGCAAGGAGAACUACUGUCUUAUGGUCACGUUUGCCAUCUUCCUGUCCCUGAUCAUGCUGGUGGAGGUGGCUGCAGCCAUUGCUGGCUAUGUGUUUAGAGAUAAGGUGAUGUCAAAAUUUAACAAGGACUUCCAGCAGCAAAUGGAGAAUUAUCCAAAAAACAACCAGACGGCUUCACUCCUGGACCAAAUGCAGGAAAAUUUUAAUUGCUGCGGUGCUAACAACUAUUCAGACUGGAAUGCCAUCCCUCUCGAACCCAAGGGCAGAGUCCCUGACUCCUGCUGCAUCAAUGUCACUCAGGGCUGUGGGAUUAAUUUCAAGCCAGAAAAUAUCCAUACCAAGGGCUGUGUGCAGCUUAUCGGGAGCUGGCUGAGGAGCAAUGUUUUGGUGGUGGCUGCAGCAGCCUUGGGCAUUGCCUUUGUGGAGGUCCUGGGAAUUGUCCUUGCCUGCUGCCUUGUGAAGAGUAUCAGAAGGGGCUAUGAAGUGAUGUAGGGGGUCUGGUCUCUCAGCCCCUCAUCUAGGAGAGUGGAAUAGUAUAUGCCAGUUUUUUCAAUUAAACGGAUUAUUUUUUCAGACCAAAAAGA